AUGGAAACAUGUAUUUCUAAUUUUAUUCAUCUUAUGUGCGUUUGUAAUGACUACAACCUCAACAACGACAACGAUAUCAAAAUUAGCGAAAAAUUCAUUUCAGACAACAAAACUACCUCCAACACAAACUUUGCCACAGUUACUAACGAAUGCAUCAACAAUAACAUCAACAACUACAUCAACAACAACAUCAAAAACAACAAGAUCAACAACUACAUCAACAACAACAUCAAAAACAACAACAUCAACAACUACAUCAACAACAACAUCAAAAACAACAACAUCAACAACAACAUAUACAAGCCCGGCAAAAAUUACUGCCAUAUAAACGCUCCUCAAUUACCAUUAUUCAUACCACAUAAUAAUGCAUCCAAAACUCAUAAAUUCAUUACAUCAUCCAAUCGUAAAUAUUUUUGCCGUCAUAACCACUACUACAUCGACUGCUACUAUUACUACUAUGACUACGACUGCUGUCGCCACGGCUUCUACUACUGCUACUCUUACAGUGAUAAAUGUAGUAGUAGUUGUAGUGUAUACUGCUUCAACAACCAUCGCUUAAGGGUUGUGGUUGUAGUUGCUGCAAUCGACGACAUGAACUGCGACGACGACUUCAACAGCGGCCUCAUCAACAGCGGUUACAUCAACAGCGGCUACAUCAACAGCAACAUCUUUUGCAACCAAUGCUACAACAAGGACAACAUCUUCAAAGCCGUCUUCAAAUGCAACAAAUACGGCCUCGAGACAAACAUGCAAGAACAAAUUUAUUUGUAUUACUACCACCAUCAGCAACAUCAACAACAAAAAUGUCCAUAUUAG